GCGAGGAAGCGUGCAGGAGGGGCUGAGGGUGCAGAAGUGCCUCGUGUCGUCCAGACCGGAGCCGGUCCAGCACGAGAGCUGUGGGGGCAGGACGCGACGCAGGCCAUGCAGCCCCCUUGCGAGGCCGAGCUGCCCUCCACGACCCCACAGCUGGCAGCGCGGGAUGAGCUCCCCACCCCAGAGCCCUGGCGCCAGCUCUUCCGUGGCCUGCGCUACCGGGAAGCCGAGGGCCCAGGGAAGAUUUGCAGCCGCCUGCGGGAGCUGUGCCGGCGCUGGCUGGAGCCCCAGCACCGCAGCAAGGAGCAGAUGCUGGAGCUGGUGGUGCUGGAGGAGUUCCUGGCCAUCCUGCCCCCGGAGAUGCGGAGCUGGGUGUGCGGGUGCCGCGUGGAGACGUGUGCCCAGGCCGUGGCCCUGGCCGAGGGGUUUCAGCUGGGGCAGGCGGAGGACGAGAAGCUCCAGGUCACCGUGCAUGUGAAGGUCGAGGAGGGGUCCUCAGACCAGAUGCAGCCCCCGGGGGCCCUGCCGGAGCCUGGUGAUUCCUGGGGACAGCAGCCAAAGACUCAUCAUGGACACGGGUCUGUGGGGGACACAGAAGAGAGAGAAACCCCAGGGCCUUGGGACGAGCUGCCUCAUGUCCCUGAAGCGGAGCCACUAUCUGAGCAGGAGUCAGGCGCCGGGACCCUGUGCAGAGCGAAUCAGCAGCCUCCAGAGGAAGGGCCUGUGAACCUGGAGCGGCAGAGACCCUCCCCAGGGACACGGGGACAGAGCGGCUCCCUGAUGCCUGGGCCCGGCCAGCUGCAGGAGGGGCAGGGCAGGCCGGCGACGCAGGGGCAGAGCAUGGAGCUCCGGGAGGUGUUUGAGGACGUGGCAGUGUAUUUCACACGGGAGGAGUGGGAGCUGCUGGAAGAGGAGGACAAGGGGCUUUACCGGGACCAGAUGCUGAGGAACUACCAAGCCCUCGUUUCCCUGGCACUAACAGCAAUGGCUUCAGCAUCCGAGUCAUCUGUUGAUACACUUUGGCUUCAUCCUGCCCAGCAAUUGUCUGCCCGUUCGCUCUGUGAUUCAGUUGUGCAUGCAGGAUAUCGAGGUCCCACACCUGACUUAAUCUGCUGCAUCCAGCGAGGACAGGUGGAGCUCUGGGUCCGUGAUGAUGAGGACCAUGGGGCAAUCUCGAGGUCGGAGGACGUGCGGCCAGGUGGUGCCUGGCUGCUGAGUAUAACUGAGGAGCAGGCUCCUGAGGAAGGACCUGGAAACCUGGAGCCACCAUGGGCUUCCCCAAAGAGUUUAGGUGAGAUGGACUCCCUAAGCCCUAGUAAGGAUCAAUGGCACAAGGGUCAGGGAAGGCCCCAAAAGCAGAAGGAAAAUGAAAUAGUGAACGCGGUACCAUCUCCAGUUGGGCAUGAGAGUGAAGAAGAAGCCAGAAAGAGCCCAGGGUGCAAGGAAGAAUUUGUGGUACUGAGAGACCUUAAGAGGCAAAAAGCAAAGGUGCACUGGAGAGAGAGACUGCAUGAAAACCAAAGCAGCUGCGGUGGCUGCAAAGGGAAGCAGGGUCUCGCUGCCAAGCUCAGGGGGAAAGCCCACCCCUGCCCUCAGUGCAGGAAAAGUUUUAGCUGCCCCUCGCGCCUGGCUCUGCACAAGAUAAGACAUGCUAGGAAGAAGCCCCAUGUAUGUGCCACGUGUGGGAAGAGCUUCACCUACCUCUCGACCCUGGCUGCUCACCACCAGGUCCAUUCUGGACAGCUCCCCCACCGCUUCACCAAAACAGGGAAGAGCUUUGUGCGCUGCUUGGAGCUGCUCAAAACCCAGGAUGUGCACAGGAAGAAGUGUCAGUACCGCUGCAUCACAUGUGGUAAGACCUUCACCCAUUUCUUCUCCCUGGUUCAGCACCGUCGCAUGCACUUGGGGAGGAAGACGCACCGCUGCACUGAGUGCAGGAAGAACUUCAUCAGCUGGCAAAAGUUGUCCCAGCACCGGUGUGUGCAGAGGAGGCAGCAACAACACUGCUGCACAAAGUGUGGGAAGAGCUUCAGGCAGCCCUCCAGCCUGGCCAGGCACAGGUGCAUGCACACACGGGAGAAGCGUCAUCCUUGCUCUGUGUGUGGGAAGAGCUUCAUCUCCCCUUCCAAGCUGGCCCAACACCAGGUUAUCCAUGCAGAGGAGAAGCCGCAUCAGUGGUCUGAGUGUGGCAAGAGCUUCACCUCCUUGAACCUGGUCAAAGGUCAGCGCAUCCACACAGGGGGGAAACCACGUCAGUGCUCUGAGUGUGGGAAGAGCUUCACAUGCUCCUCCCACCUGGCCCGGCACCAGCGCACCCAUAGAGGAGAGAAGCCACAUCUGUGCGCUGUCUGUGGGAAAAGUUUUUUACGUUCCUCUCACCUGGCCCAGCACCGACGCAUCCACACCGGGGAGAAGCCACAUCAGUGCUCUGAGUGUGGGAAGAGCUUCACCCAGUCCUCCCACUUGGCUGACCACCAGCACACCCACAAAGGAGAGAAGCCACAUCAGUGCUCUGUGUGUGGGAAGAGCUUUGUACGCUCCUGCCACCUGGUCCGGCACCAGCGCAUCCACACAGGGGAGAAGCCAUAUCAGUGCUUUGAGUGUGGGAAGAGCUUUACCUUUGCCUCCAACCUGAGCCAGCACCAACUGAUCCACCACACAGGGGAGAGGCCACAUCAAUGCUCUCUCUGUGGGAAGAGCUUUCUACGCUCCUUCUACCUGGCUGAGCACCAGCGCAUCCACACAGGGGAAAAGCCACAUCGGUGCUCUCAGUGCGGGAAGAGCUUCGCCUACUCCUCCAGCCUGGCCCGGCACCGACAUAUCCACACAGGGGAGAAGCCACAUCUUUGCUCUCAGUGUGGGAAGAGCUUCACCUACUCCUCUGACCUGGCCCGGCACCAGGUUACCCACACACGGGAGAAGUCGCAUCAGUGCUCUGAGUGUGGGAAGAGCUUCAUCUUGCCCUCCAGCCUGGCUGAGCACCAGUGUAUCCACAAAAGGGCAAAGCCACAUCGGUGCUCUGAAUGUGGGAUGAGCUUCACCUACUUCUCCUACCUGGCCCAGCACCAGAUCUUCCACAUGGGUUAGAAAACACAUUAGUUCUCCAAGUGUGGGAAGAGCCUCACCUGUUCCUCCAACCUGGCCCGGUAUCAGUGCAUCCACAUCCAGAAGCAUCCAUCAUUUUGCCAGCAGUGCAGGAAGGCCUUGGGGAUUCCUACCUGCUCAGCACCCACCAGAGGUUGCAUUCAGGCAAGUACCCUCAUGCUGGUGGACUGAAGAAAGUCUUUGUCCCUUGUGGGGUGCUGCAGAUGCCCAGCUCCCAGAGGCUGGACCCCAAAGUUUGAUUGUGGGGAGGGGCUAAGAGGAAACACCACAAGCAAAAUCAGCCUUGAUGCUGGGGGAAGACGAGGAAGAGGAUUUUUGCAUCCACCUUGGAACCUGUGCAUUCCCCCCCCAUCAUUGUCUAAAAGCGGUCAGUGCUCCCAAAGAAGUGCCUGCGUGAUAGGGUGCUCUCCCCAAGACAACUGACUUCAAAUGACACCCAGGGACUUUCCUUGGCUGCCUCCCAGCUUUGCCCUCCCUCCUGGUCCCAGGGUUCUGGUAUAUGACACUCAUGAAUUACAGGAAGGAGGAUAUUUAUGGCUAGGGAAGCAUUCCUUGCCCUCCACCCUGAUCUCACCACCCCAUCACCCCUCUCCCAAACCCACCCAUGCCCAGUGGGGUCUGCAAGGAGCCGCUACUACCACAGCCUGGGUGCGUCUACAUGUUGCCGUAUGGUGAAGCUGCUAUGGCACUCGGUUUUAGUACUUUCUUUUGGAAGUGCUAAAACACGGCGCAGUGCGGGCUGUUGCUGUGCCACGUGGGUGGCGCAUGCUUAGGUUUUGCAGCUACGUCCCCACAGCAGCAUGCUGUAGCUGGGGAGCACGCAGCUACGGUGAUGUAGCUGGCAAUCAAUCACAUGUAGACAUGCAUGUAGACACAUGCGCGCUGUAUGGCAAUGUAGCGUGUCACUAUGUCAAUGCAGGGUCAUGUGUAGAUGUACCGCAUGAGACUUUUUAGCCUGUUUUGCUUUUCAACCUCUCCAGAACCGUGCACCAUGGGGUGUCACAGCCAUUUGGCUCCACGAUGGCCCUGGGGACAUACGUAAUGCCGCACAGCUUCCCCGGGGACCCCUGCAACCCUCAGGGAGCCUGCCCUUCCCAGGGAGAGUGCAACCCCACCACUGCUACCGCCAGGGAAGGAGGAGAGCAGGAAGGGAUACUUUCCACCUCCCAGAGAGCCGCUAAGCCAUUCUCCCACAUGCAGAAGCCGGGGAGCACAUUCAGAGGCAGCUGGGCUGGAAGCUGGGGCCUCCCAUUGAGAUAGGCGCCUGGGGCUGCCCCCAGCCCAGGCAGCAAGCAGGGGUCAGGCAUGAGCCAGGGACCCAACCCCACAUGCUGAGGGGCAGGGGUCAGAAACAGCAGCCCACCAAGCACAGUCUUUGCACCAAAGACAGAUGCUCUGGGACCGGAGCAGGACACGAGACCUCUGAGCAGGCCCUGGCCAUGAGCAGAGGCAGCAGUGGGGAGCAAGGUCUUUGCCAGAGGGGCUGGAACAGGGCAGGGGGAGGCUGCUCAAGGGGCUGGUGUUGCUGCCACCCACUGCCCAUGGGGAAGUGAAUGCCCCACAUGUUGCCAUUGCUGGUGGCCUUGGCCUCACUUUUUGGGGCCUGAGAGCUGUGGCCUUUCACUCUCUUGCCACCUCCCCUGGAUGGAGAAAGCAGGAGGGUGCCAGGGCUGAGGGGCUCAGGAGACUGGAGAGCAACAGGAGUGGUGCAGUGGCUAGGGGAAGCCCUCCCCUCCUUCUCCCCAUUGAUGGGGCUUGUCUCUUUGGAGGUACGUCCCUGCUGCUUCUGCUCUGUGCUCUCCUUGAGUCCUUCAUGACCCCCUCUGUCCUCUGGACAUCGUCUCUAUGGGUGUCCUUGCCCCUGCCACAUGGCCAGUGUGAGCAGUGUCUGGUUGUCCACACUUCACUGUAGUCUCAGUCACAAGCUCAAAUAUGUCUGUGCUCAGAGGGGAAUCCCAGCAGGACUCGAUCCUAGAGCUCAGGGGGCAGGACAGCUCAGGGGUGGGAACAGCUGGUGCUGUGUUACCAUUGAACCAUCCUGCUCAAGACAUCAGACGGCCUCUUGGCAGUAAAUGCUAAUGACCCAUACCUGGUGUGCAGAAUUUUGCAAAUGCCUUUUCAGUUUGUGAAUUUCCUCUAAAAAUCUUCUAACAGACAUGUGAAUGGGGAAAGCUCCUGGUAAAAAACAGUUUCAAGUUUCCAAAAAAAGUGGGGGGUCAUUGGUUUCAAAGCAAUAAUUCUGACACCAGCAACACAACGUUGCAGUGAAAAACUAAAUUGCAAAAAACAAACCACCCAUGUGAAAAUAUGACACUAAAUCUUUUGCUUUGGUUCCAUAUUUUGGAAACUAUUACAGCUUUUAGCAUAA